AUAUAAGACUAUCAGCGUGUAUUGACAGGUGCGGAGGAACGUGCUGGGCUGAAUUUAAUGUUACUAAAUAAAACAAACGUUUAAAAAUAUGGGCAAUUGUGCUCGAACUUUGGUGAAGAAGUUACGCCGGAAACGCGAUGUUCAGAAAAACAUUGUUUUACUUAUGGUCGGCCUCGACAAUGCAGGAAAAACAUUAGUCCUAAACCGCAUUGCUGGAGAUCCUGAUCAAAAUGUAUUGCCCACGAUAGGAUUUCAUACCAUCUCUUUAAAGUAUAAGUCGUAUGGUAUAAAAAUUUAUGAUGUUGGCGGAAGUCCACAAAUCAGAGCAUUAUGGCCUAAGUAUUACAAUGAUGUACAUGGCCUUAUAUAUGUGGUGGAUGCUAGUGACAUUUCACGUCUUACAGAAAAUAAAGUUACACUUGGAGAAUUAAUUUCGCACGAAAACAUUUCAGGAAAACCAUUAUUAUUAUUGGCGAAUAAGCAGGAUUUGGGUGGAGCGAUUGACGAACUUGAUUUAGUAGAGAAUUUAGAUGUUGAACGUAUAGCAAAUAUGAUGCGAUGUCCUACAAGAGUGGAAAUUUGCUCCUGCCGUUAUCCCCAUUCAAAAUCUAGAAACGGUAUACUUGGUAUUAUUAAUGGCUACAAAUGGUUGCUGGAUACGAUACUGAAAAAUUAUACAGUUCUGAAUGAACGAAUCAAAGAUGAUCAGUCCUUACGGAAUGAAAGACUACCCGAUAGAGUGACGGAGUCUGCAGACUCACCAGAAUCUUCCAUACAUUCAAAUCCCUUUAAGCCAAUUCAUGAACUGUUCAAAGAACAAGCUGGUACUAGUUCCAUCGUAAACGCAAAAAAUGGAGUUAAAAGAAAAGAGCUUUUUAAAAGGUUCCUGUUCGGAUCUAAAAACAAAACUGCUCCUAUUGGUCUUGGACAUAAUGGAAGCAUAUCACAAGAUGCACUUCUUAGUACAGAUCAUGAUGAACGAAUUUUUGAAGUGCAGAACCACGGUAUUAAAAAUGGAAUUGUAUUAGAGCCACUAAAAUUAGACACACAGCAAAUUGUUAACAGGUCAAGACCACAAAGACCAUUUACUGCUCCUGUCGUUUCUCAGCAUGAUAUUCAUCAUUUACCAAUUCAGAUACCUGGUCAAGUAUCUCAAUGACAACGAUAAUGUGACUACAUUCAGCUGCAAACUGUCUCAUAAUGUACAAAGUAAUGAUUUUAUACGUAAUAGUAGCUACUGUAAGUCAAUCACCAACCAAAUGGUUUUACCAUACUUCCUGAAAGUUCAGUGUUCGAUCAAUAGGAUAAAAACAUUCCAUAUCUUGUUGACUACUGUGUACGAAUUCAGAGUGGGAACUGAUUGUUAAAUCUCAUGAAGUUUUUCUAGUCAGUUUAUAAACAAAUGCCUUUAAUAAAUAAUAAAUGAUAAAACUCAUUAUCCAGGAGUUAGUUUACAUCAUUUAUUAAACUUCAUCCACGGCAGAGAUAGAGCUAAACAAAAGUAUUAUCAAAAACGUCACUUUAUUUUUCAUUACAAUAUAUUUAUUACAUUGCGUAAGAUUUCAUACAAAUCUGUGUAAAAAACAUUAUCACAAUUUCAGAUAGCAAAACAGGAUACAAAUAUUUCCAGUAAGAACACCUUAUACAAAUAAAUGCUUAUGAAAUGCAUGAAUAUUAUAAAACAUUUUUCGCAUUCUUGCAGCUUUUCAGCGUCUCUAUAUUGCUGCU